AUGAGCUCCGAAAAGUCUGAUUGCUCCGAGUUAUCCGAAGUGCCUCUGGAAACGAUCCGAGAAAUGAAAAGAAAAGCUUGUGAGAAGCUCUCUUCGCUCAUUCGGGCCAUAUCCUCAACUUCAGCUCCGAAAAAAUCCAAGCCGAGCAGCGUUUCGUUCUCCACCUACAAGUCUCUGAUCAAGUCAUAUAAGUUUGAAUUGUGGGCUGGAAAUGAAGUUACUCCACGGGAGCUAGCCGUUCAUGGGUGGGAAUGCAAAGCCCGUGAUCAGGUACAAUGCAUUGCAUGCAAGCAGUUUCUUUGCACUUCCGUUCCAAAAAUCACUGAAGUUGACAUCAGCGUAUACACCAAAUGCAUGAGACGGGUCCGCGAGAAAAUAGUGAGUUCGCAUGUGCUUACAUGCAUAUACAGAUCGGAACCACUUGAAUUCAAACACUAUGUUGAUGAGAACUUCUUAAACGAUGUGGUUCGGAAGAGGAUCUCCUCGUACAAUAGAGAUGGCCUGAGAAUGAACAUGACGAUUCCGAACGACAUAGUGACGUGUAGCGAUGUAGGGACGGAAUGUUCAUCAUCGCGUGAAGCUCUGAUAGGAUCAUCUUUGGGUUGGUCAAUAGAAACUGAGAAGUUGGCCGGAAAAGAGCAUUUCGUAGCUGUGUGUGACUAUUGCGCAAGGGAUUUUGUACUUGGAGAUAUCGCUUUUGACCCAGUGAAAUUCCAUCAGCGAUGGUGUCCGGUAUUGGAUGUGAAUGAAGACGACGGUGUCCCCAUGUGGAAGCUGAUCUAUUCACGAAUAGCGCCGUUGAGGCAACAGAGAGCAUCGUCGGCGGCUACCCUCAAAGAAGUCGAAUCGGCUAAGCGUGUACUUGAAAGAUCGCUGUCGGUUAUUUCGAGAGAAACUCCCGCUGAUUUGUAG